AUGGCGGGUGAAACGCUGGUCGAUCGCAUGCACCAUGAGAUCGAGAUCAUGACGCGGCGUCUCGAGCUGGAGAAGCGGCGCCUCAAGCGCCUGGACAAGGAAUUGGAGGCUGCCCACAAGACGCACAUGGUCAAAGAGACACAGGCCCGGCAGCGGCAAAACGCCGCGCGGGCCUUCGCGCGGCCGAAGAGCGGCGGUGCGACCGAGCGGCCACGGAGCUCCACCCGACCAAAGAGCGGCAGCGUCCGGCCCACCCUGACCCUGGACUCGCCGCGGGACCUGAAGUCCUCAAUCGUCCUGCCCUCCAAGGCCGACCACCAAUGGGGUGACCGGGUGGUGCCCAUGCAGCAGCUGGUGGCGCAGAUGGACGUGCAGGUGAAGAAGCUGAACUCCGUCAAGCACAAGAACGAGCACAUGCAGCAAGAGGUCCAGACGAUCCGGAAGCGGAAGCGACAGCUGGCCCACAUCUUCGAGCGGCUGAAGAGCCAGAUCCGAGGGCGCUCGCAGCAGAUCAAAGAGUUCGUGGAGGAGGCAGCGCAGAGCAAGGCUGUGUCCUGUGAAGCAGAGCAGCGUGUGGAAGUCAUGCAGAGGACGCGGGACGAUGAGCGACGGCAGUUCACGGAGGAGGUGCUGCGGAUACGGCAGGACAUGAAGAAACUGGAGUUGGAGAAGAGGCAGGUGGAGGUGCGCCUGAAGCAGGUGGACAAGGGCGUGCAGCGGAAGAAUGUGCUGAUCCUUCCGCCAGAGGAGGAGGAGUUCUCCGAGCCCAGCAUGAUGCGCAGGAUCAUGAAGACGGCUUUCCUCAACUGCAUCCAGCGACGCCACAUCAAGCAGCAUCAGAAGAGCAUCGAGAUCUUCGAGCAGGCCUUUGCCACAAUCAAGCAGUCCACGGGCAUCUCCAACAUCGAGGAGAUCGUGAAGAUCUUCGUUCACCUAGAGAGUCGGAACUUUUCACUCCUGACGUACGUGAAUCACAUGAACCGUGAGAUUGAAGCGCUUGAAGGCCUCAAGCGCUCCCGUCGACAAGCCGAGAUGGCCCUGAGACAGAAGGAGGCGGCGAGCGAAAAGAAUCGCGAGCUGGCCCUGGGGGACAUGCAGAAGAAGCUGCGGUCGACGCAGAUCACCAUCGAGGAAAGCCGUGAGGUCUGCGACAGCCAGCGAGAGGUUGUCCAGCAUGUCCUUCCCCACAUCGCGCAGGUGUCGAAGCUGCUCGAGCUGGAGGCCGAACGCCUCCGUGAAGCCGGACACACCUUGGAUGUCAGCGACUUUCCACCAAGGCCUUCCGAUGAGCUGCGCUCUGACACCAUGCUCCUGUGGCUACAAUGGGUGGAAGACGUUCUCAGCCGCUUCAGGGACCUCCUGCCCUUGACCGACCCGGCUGUGAAGGAGACCUGCUUCCCUGCCACAGCGGCACAUGCUGUGAAGCACCUGCAGCCCAAGAGGAUCCACCAGCACACGGUGCCCUUUGUCAAGGUCCAGGACCUGCCUCCUGCGCCGAUCCUCGGAGAGGACCAGGCCACCCAGAAGAGGUCAGCUGCCAUGCAGAAGGCAGAGGCCGACGAGGACAGCGAGGAGGAAGGCUUCGACGAUCGGCCGCUCAUGCUCAAGGAGAUCCGGUCGCGCGCGCAAAUGGCACGGGCCCGGAAGGGCAGGAGCCGCGAUCACCACCGGCCGAGCAACGUGGGCUUCGAGGGGGACGCAGGCAUCACGGGCUCCACCUCCCUUGGCCUCAGCUUCCGGCAAACCUCAGGCCACAAGGAGGCCACGAAUGAGCUUAAGCCGACGAGCACUGCGACGCUGACGGAUCUUCAGGGCUCCCGGCGGUCUGUUGGCUUCUCGCUCGGCCAAGAGCCUGUGACCGUGAAGAUGGAAGAGGAGGCGGCUCGCGAACGAGGAGAAGGUGGCCGCGGAAAUGAGGCCAGCAGCGACAGCGACUCGCGCGGUGAGACGACACCGCUGGCGAAGCAGCCGAAGAGCGCCCUGAACCAGCGCGUCCGACAGCUCGUUGAAGUCGCGGCCCUCUCGCGCACCAGCGAGGAAGUCUCGAAGGACGAGCUGGACAUCACCUUCCUGCGGAAGUACAACAUGUCGCGGCAAGAGCUGGAGGUGAUGGCCACUCGCAUGGGCAUGGGCCUCUCACACCUCUGCUUCUUGAAGAAUCAGUUCGACAUCUACGACCAGGACCACACCGGCUACAUCAGCGCCUCGGAGCUGCGCGGACUCUUCGGGAAGGUCGGGGAGGAUGUCACGGAUGAGCAGCUGGAGGAGGCCAUCAAGGAGUUGGACUCCGACUCAAGCGGAGAGGUCGAGUUCUUCGAGUUCGUGGAGUGGUUCUGCAGCUGA